GGCUCCUAAAACUAUAUCCUCGAGUUGAGAAUUUAUUUUUCUCAAGAUACCUAGAUAUAGGUUUGGCAUUGCCUUCUGAGAUUUCUUGCCCGUUAUUUGAAAGCUAAGGUCAAAUAUUUCAUGAGAGUCUGUUGGCUUGGAUUGAAUCCACUUUGCUGGAAUUUUCAUAACUUUUAGCGUUACAAUUCUUACGAAUUUGGAGUGCUAAAGAAGCGAAAAUAUUGGGAUGUUGUGCUUUUCCGCUUCUUUUAAGGGGACUAUCCAGAAGAGCUUUCUUAUCAAGCCCUAUUGUUCUCAUCGGAUUGCUAGAUCAGAAAGAUGUGCAGGGCUGUUCAUCUUUACCAAGACUUGAGAAUGCAAAAGAUGAGGUUGAACAUAACAACAAUAGUAAAUGAGGAAUUGAAAAGUUCACGUGUAUGUCUCUCCAUGGUGUUGCAUACGCCAUUGUAGAAUGGUCCCACUUUCUUAUUCAGUAUAUCUUAGUUAGAUUCAUAUUCAAAAAUUUCUUACCUGCUUAGGUUAAUGGAAUCAACUACAACACUACCCCACAGGAAAGGGAGCGUAGAGGAAAACAUGAACGUGGAUGAACAUUAUCAGCCUGAUGAAGAGCUACAAGCGAUGGAGGCUUACCUUAACUCUCAUCCCAACAGUACUUUCGACCUCAAACACUCAAUCCCACUAUAUGCCCAACCGGACCAAUUAUACCUUGAGAAUUGUGUGCUGCCACUACUAUUGUGUGGACUCCGGGAGCUAGCUAAGAUCCAACCCCCGGACCCACUGGCAUUUUUGGGAGCCUACCUGCUCUCCAACAACCCACAGCGUACUGAUGCUGUUGGUUCGAUCAGUACUGGGUUGCCAACCCUUUCCGAGCGAUGUAGCACUAGAAAAGAUGAGAUGGAAGUCAGCACGACCACGCAGGUGUUUCCCCCAUCAAGUAAUUCAGCAAUCCCUCUACGAGGACGGUUAGCGUAUGCCACCGCGUCAAAGUUUGCCACGUCCACGCGACUGGACACCUGAGGUUUUGAUGAAGAGUUUGAAUUGAGUAAAGUUGUGAGCAAAGAACAAAUAAACUACUAUAUGCACCUAUCUGGUUUUGAUAUUUUGUUGCCGAUGUAGUGGGUGGUGUUUGUUUUUACUUCUGAAGCCUUUCGAAUUUUUUUGCGUGCGUGUCCCAUGUAAACAAGGUAUUCUUUGAGGGAGAAUGAGGAGGUCAUUGGACUAAAGUACGUUUGGUAACCAGGAGUGUGAAUCCCUGAGUUCUAUCGAAGAGCAGCCAUAAUAUAGAAGUUAGCAUGUAUUAGUUUAUCCCCCUUACUCUUCCUUUUAUAAAUCACUGCACCACUUUGCUUCACAAUACAUUCACAAGAAUAUAUCUAUGUAUUAAUAUGGGUCACCCGA